AUGAACGAAAAUAUAAACAUAGUUCGUACAGCCGGAGCAGUGGGAAUGGCCCACGAGCAUCUCGCCAUAGUGGUAGCUCUAAAUGUACCAUUUUUUAUAGUGAUAACGAAAAUAGACUUAGUUUCACCAACGAGUACCCUCCAAAACCUCGAAUCGUUCCUGAAGCAGGUCGGAAGCCGACGAGUUCCAUUGAUAAUCAAAAAUGAAGAUGACGUUAUAACUGCAGGAGCAAACCAACUAACUGAAAACGUCGUUCCCAUUUUUUGCGUAUCCAGCGUCAGCGGAGAAGGCCUGGAGCUGCUUCUCAAGUUUUUGCAUGUCCUCCCUCCCGGAGUCAGCAUAAAGGAAAAGGAAAGAUUGGAGCAGGAAACGCCUGAAUUUCAUAUAGACGAAAAUUUCAAGGCCGGUGACGUGGGACAAGUAUUGGGCGGGCUUCUAACAAAAGGAGUCAUCACUGAAGGCACGAAGAUGCAGAUAGGUCCCAUGAAGGAUGGAUCUUUCCAGAACAUAGCCAUUAAGUCAAUCCAUCGAAACAGGGUGCCAUGUAGGAUGGUCAGAGCCAGUCAAAGCGCUGCUCUCUGCCUGGAUACUUAUAUUCCAGGUUUACGAAACGGCAUGGUCCUCUUAAGCGCCGAUCAGAACGCCAAGGGUUGCAUGUUCUUCCAAGCCAGCGUCUCUGUACUCUUUCACGCAACUGCCAUUUAUCCUGGAUUUCAAACGACAGUGCACAUUGGCAACGUACGUCAAACUGCCGUUGUCAUAGGCAUUUGUUCUUCUAAGUGCAUUCAUACCAAUGAACGCGACUCUGUGUUAUUCAAAUUCAAGCUCCAUCCUGAAUAUGUAUCUGUCGGGCAACGGCUGCUUUUCAGGGAAGGUUCUGCCAAGGGCACCGGGGAAAUCACGCAAGUAUUUCCUCUCAAUGGGAUACAAUAAAUUUGUUUCUAGUAGAACCAAAUGAGCACGAGCUCCUGAGAUCAGAAUUCGAGGCAAAACCUAGGGAAAAUGUAAAUGAGCUAUUAGACAAGAUUUCAAAUUAAUAAAUAAUGUUUGUUACCUAAAUUUUUAUGUAAAUCUCAAUGUGUGUUUCGGAAUUUUGAUUUUAAACAAAAUUUUCUGAAUAAAAAUCUUAAAUUGUUUUUAAUAUUAAAUAACUAUUGAAAAUCCAAUAAAAAAAUAUCAAAAUUUGAACUAAAUUUUUACUUUGAUACAAAAUUUUGACUGUAAAUGCGAAAUUCCGAAUGUAAUUUUAAUUUUUCUAAGCUGGAAUUAGAAAUUUAUUUUAAACAAAAGUUGUUUGUAUAAAAUAACUAAAUAUGUUUUUAUGUUUUCUUAUUUGACGUAUCAGUGUAUUGUUGUCUAAAUUGUGAGAUAAAUUCAAUGUAUCAACUUUUUGACUUUAAAGAACUUAAUUUUAAUAAUAAAUCAGAAAUUUCGGAUUGAAAAAGAAUUAUUGGUAGGGAGGCCAGUGACACUUUUUUGGUACAUAUUUGCGCAAGGCUAAUUUACAACUAGAAGAUGGAAAUACUUUGCUGAAGGUGCACCAGCAGUGGAGCACUCGUUGACGGUGUCUUAUAAAAGCCAUUGUAGAAAAUGAUAAUGUCAUAUAUUUGAUCAUAUAAUUAAUUUAACAUGCCUUCAUGGCUC